AUGUUCGUAGACGCCACAUCCAAUGUUGACGAGGUCAAUCUCCCAGAUUCGACUCGAGCGGACCUCGACCUAUUCAUCCGCACUCUCUACGAGAAGAACCCCCCAAACGUACCCAUCAUGGCGGAUCUCCGGAAGGCUAUCGACCUACUCUGCCAAUAUGACUGCACCGAGCCGGCCAAGCGGAUCCUAUACCAUAACGUCAAGGUGGUCGAAGCGGAACAUCUUUUCGACGCGUUCACUCUCGCUUCACGCCUCAACGACGUCAUGAGCGCGUGCCGGAUACUCGCUCACGGCUGGAGAUGGUACCAAAACCCCAGAGAUGAAAUCUACCCCAACGCGCCCUCCCUGUGCCCCGACAGCACCAAACGGCGAUGGUGCGCUCAGGAAGCCGCACUUCUGCAGCCCGCGUGGAUCUGGGCGUUGACCGUCGCGUCCGCCGCACAAAUGGAUAAAGCUGCUGGAGAGGAUUUAUAUGAUGGGUCGGAGAGCGCUUGGCGUGAACUCGGCUUACGCUCCAGCCGGACCGGGAAUCGUCGUGCUCUGACUAUCGCUGCCGAAGAAAGGAUGGAAGGAAGUGCGGAGUGGAGCGGGAUCAGCUUCGGAUCGUGCAGUCUCCGCAGAACGGAACCAAAUGUCGAAACAGCACCAAAAGAGAGCUUCAGAGCGCUAUCAAUGAUGUGUCCUUGCGUGCAUGCGUAUAAGACUCUACACAAGCAGAUGCCCCCCGCAAAGCGGCCCCGGAACACCCCCGCGGAGGACAUGAGCGAGUAUAAAGACGCAAAAGGGGUAGUGUAUGAGAUUCAGAAGGGGUACACGACGGGGGAGGUGGUCAUCUUGAGCGACGAUCUGGCCGCGUGGAAAGUGCAGCGCUCGGUCUUGACGGAAAACAGCCCGGUCUUUCGAGACAUGUUUGCCGGCGGCACAGCCGAUAACACCGGCGAAAUCCACCUCCCAGACUCGACUCGAGCGGAACUGGACCGCUUCCUCCACAUACUUUGCGGUAAAAGCCCGCCGCUGGACCUGCACAUACCGGAGUGCAGCAAGUCCAUCGACUUGCUCUGUCGUUAUGACUGCACCGCGGCGGCUCGUCGGCUACUGUAUACGAGCGUGGAGCAACUCCAUCCUGGUGACAUGUUGGACGCAUUCGCUCUCGCCUCUCGGCUAGACGACACCAUGACCGGGUGCCGGAUUCUCGGUCAGGGGUGGAUCUGGUACAGAAACGGGGGAGUGUGCGAGGGCUACCAUUUGGACCCCUUCGAUCGUCUGAACGCAUGGGGACCAGAGCAAGCCAAGCUCCUCCAGCCUACGUGGCUCUGGGCACUAGGCGUGGCUUCCACUACGCAGGCGGACCGCGUUAGUACCGGAGCCUAUGCGGCAGGGGUUUCCAGCCACUCGUCAUUCGGCCCCGAACAGAGCGCUUCAUCACGCAAUCCCAACCAUCCCUCUCAGAAGUCGAGCGGGGACUACGACGUCCGGCGUCCGGCCAAUCUCGAUCGGGACAGAUAG